CUCAAGGGCAGCCAGGGGGGUCACCGGUCUAAUAAGCCCACCAAGCGGUCUGUUGAUUAAGGAUCAGAUUAACGUCCUUAUGAGUCAAAAAGGUAGUCCCCUUGCAAACCAAUUAAUCAGUGAAUCUGAUAAUCCACCCACUUGGUAGACUGCCCUGCUCAUCUGUUAAUUAUGCUCCCUCUGAAUCCGUCUCUUAAUAAAUUAAUCCCCCCUGUGAGGCGUUCAGUCAUUAGUCCCACGGUUAUCCCGAGUGUAAGCGGGUUAAUCAGUUUCACUGUUUGUCCUUGGUGUCCCUAGAAAAUCAGCUUUCCAGUCAGCAUAAGUAGGCCAGUCGUCCAAAAGUGGGGUGCUUCCCGCAGCAAGUCGGAAAAGCCGUUUGUAGCAUUUAGACUCUGCCAAGCACAUACACGGUCGGAAGUGUGCUGAGGAGGAAAAAUAUCCUGGAGCCCUUGGAACCAGAGCCAAAGAAUUUGUUCCCCAAUGUAAUACAUGAAUGCAAACUUACGUGUCAAACAAUGCCAACGUGUAUAGAAUAAAAACUGAAAAUCCUACUUCAUCUUUCCUCUUAUCACUGCUCUACCCAUAGUUACUUGCUGUCUCGUCCCUUCUGAACCACAUGGCUCUGACGCGAGAGCCAGCUGAGGCAAAGACCCCGGGCCCCUCCUCUUCCUGAGGACCACUGCUGCUGCAGAUGGCACCUGCCAGGCUGCUCUAUUCUUCUUGCUCCUUGGAGAAGACUCUUCUGUGCAGCUGUUCCUUCUAUGGCAUCCCCACACCCUCAGUGCAGUGGUGGAUGGGAGGGGCUCCCGUGGGUGCGAACAGUGUGGAUAGCAGUGUCCAUGUGACUUCCACCAUAAUCGCCCCCUGGGCCAUCAGCACCAUCAGCCUGACAGAGCAGCCAAAAAUGAGCACAAGCCUUCUCUGUGAGGGGAAGAACCAAAAUGGAACCCAUGCUUUGAGCAUCCUACUGAUGCCAAGAAAGAGUUCUUUUCUUCCCCAGACUUUCAUGAAAGGGCUGAUCCAGGGUGUUGUCUAUGGAGCCAUUGCAGCCUCACUGCUGUUUUUCUGCCUCAUCCCACUCAUGGUGAAACAUAUCAGAAUGAAGCUGGCAAAGAAAAUUUCAGCGGUCAAAGCAGGAAAGAGCCCAAAAGUCAAAGCAUGCCAAGAACCCAAGCUGUCUCUGAAGCCUAAGGAGCCAGAAAAAUCCACAAUCACUCCAUCUUCAGAGAGUGAGAUAUUGCACCGCUUACCUUAAACUUCCAGAAAAAGCAAGAUAAAGUGGAGCUCAUGAAGCCUAUGAAAACUACGUGCCUACCUGGAGUCCCCAUUAUCUGCGGGAUUACCAAAGUCCACGGAAUCCUUAGGCACCCCAGAAACCCUGGAGUCUAUAACAAACCCGGAUCCCUGGAGCCUCCUCAGCUCACAAAGCCCUCUCAAGCCCUACCUGUCCCUCACACUGACUGGUUCUCCAUUGAAUAGGGUUACUCUGGGACCUGGUCUUAGAAUCUUUGCAAGCAAACUCUAUGAUCUGUUGUUUGGGUUAACCAGAAGAAGUAUGCUCUGGCCUAGGAUGAUAUCAACGAAAGGAAAAAUAAAUGUGAGACUAUGGUCCAGAAGUAGCUUUUGAGCCCCUACUGUAUGCCCAGAACCUGGAAUAUACAUACAAAGAGCACCAGGCUUUGGAGCCAUCAUAUAUGGAUUGAAUCCCAACUUUAAUGCUUAGUGGCUAUAUGUCUUUGGAUGAAACCUUUCACCACUGCACCCUUUGAACUUCAGUAUCCUGACCUGAGGCAUAUGUAGGUAGAUAGUGAAAAGUGGUAUCCAGAGGUCCAGGUGGAGAAAAGACACAAAGACCAUCCCUGAAUGCCAAGACAAGGCAUUGGAGCCUUAAUCUUGACUCCCUUAGAAUGUAAGUUCCACAAGAACAGGUAUCUUGUCUGUCUUGGUUUCUACUUGAACCACCAGCACCUAGAAUGGUUCCUAAAAUAUAAGACUCUCAAAGA